CAAGCAAGCAAGAAGCAGUGCAGCACCAAGUGAGCAAAGUGAGAGCUUAGGGUGAAAAAAAAAGGAUGAGAGCUAGUUAUUAAGCUUAGUAACCAAUUCAGAAACAAAAAUACAAACACAGAGCUACAAAAUGAGACAUGCUUGACUACAUAGAAGGUGGUGCAAGAAUUCCUUGUCAAGAAUGCCAACUAGAAUCAAUGGGGGAACUCCAAUCCAAUUCAAAGGACAUUCCAUUUUCUCAACAAGACCUUUCGGUCAAAGUAGAGUGCCUGGUAAUAUUUAGAACCUUAGUUGUCAGGAAUAUAGAAACAAAUGUAAGCCUUCGGGAACAAUGGGGAGAAUUGAAGAUUGAUAGAAAUCAUUCUUCCUCGGAUAUGGGGUCACACCAUUCAACUUGUUGUAUGGUGUGUGUAUGUAAUUCUUUAAUUGUGGCUUUGCCCUCCUAUUAAUGAAAUGAGUAUAUUUCC